AUGUGGGCUCAGGCACCUCCCAGCCCGUGGCCACCUCCUUGCCCACAACCACCCGCUCUUCCGCUCGCCUACCAUCACCCUCUCGACUGGCAGAGGAUGGCAAUGGGGCACCCUUCACCCCCACCCUCGCCCUCUGCCCUCGUCCGCCCCUCUGCCUCUGCCUCGCCCUUCCCUCUGCCCUGCCUUUUGCCCUCUGCCCCACCCUCUCACCCACCUUGCCCUCUUUACCCUCUCGCCCUUGCCCUUGCCCUUGCCCUCUCACCCACCUUGCCCUCUCACCCACCUUGCCCUCUUCACCCUCUUGCCCUCGACCUCAAUCUCUACCCACCUCGCCCUCUCGCCGACCUCGCCCUCUACCCACCUCACCCUUUACCACCUCACCCUCUUGCCCUACCAACCUCACCCUCUCAUCAACCCCGCCCUCUCAUCAACCCCACCCUCUUGUUGACUCCACCGUCUCGCUGA